GUUUUGUACAACCAUAUCUCGUUUGAAAAGAUGUCUGGACGCGGCAAAGGUGGUAAAAUAAAGGGAAAGGCAAAGUCCCGUUCCAACAGAGCUGGUCUCCAGUUCCCUGUGGGACGUAUUCACAGACUGCUUCGCAAAGGAAACUAUGCAGAACGUGUCGGUGCUGGGGCUCCUGUCUAUUUGGCGGCUGUCAUGGAAUAUCUAGCUGCUGAGGUGCUGGAAUUGGCCGGUAACGCAGCCAGAGACAACAAAAAGACCAGAAUUAUUCCACGACACUUGCAGUUGGCUAUCAGGAAUGACGAGGAGUUGAACAAACUCUUGUCCGGAGUUACCAUAGCUCAAGGAGGCGUUUUACCUAAUAUCCAAGCAGUUUUACUACCAAAGAAGACUGAGAAGAAGGCAUAAUUUUGCUUUAUUCAGUCACACACCAAACGGCCCUUUUUAGGGCCAACAAUACUUAA